AUGGAUAUGGAAAUUGAUUUAUCCAACCUUGGAACCGUUAAUACGAUGUUUGCGGCAUUAUUCAGCAAGUUGGGUGUCCCCAUCAAGACUACUAUUUCUGCCAACAUACUUGAAGAGGCUUUAAAUGGAACUGUCACAGUUAGACCUCUUCCAAUUGGGACAUCUGUCAGUGGAAAGGUAGAAAAGCAAUGUGCCCACUUCUUUGGUGUGACUAUUAGUGAGGAACAAGCUGAGGCAGGGGUUGUAAUUAGAGUUACAUCAGCUGCACAAAGCAAAUUUAAGGUUGAUGAACUGUUAAAACAGAGAGACACCAUCCAUUCUUCAUUCACUGUCACUAGGUCAGUCAUUAGUAGUAGUGGGAGCGGUCAUUUUAGUAAUGGAAGUAGCAGCAAAGUUCCUGGUGAAGAUUUUAAGGCUGAGAGCCCUGGGGAAGAUGGAAGCUCAGAUGGGAAGGAUAAAUCUACCAAGAAAAAAUGGUUCAAUCUUAACCUGAAAGGGUCAGUCAUUAGUAGUAGUGGGAGCGGUCAUUUUAGUAAUGGAAGUAGCAGCAAAGUUCCUGGUGAAGAUUUUAAGGCUGAGAGCCCUGGGGAAGAUGGAAGCUCAGAUGGGAAGGAUAAAUCUACCAAGAAAAAAUGGUUCAAUCUUAACCUGAAAGGGUCUGAUAAAAGGGCAAGUUGAAAUUGUUUGGUUACUUUACUUGUAUUGUUGGAAAAGCUUGGAAUUCAUACUUGUGUUCAAACACGAGCCACUGGUUUGCCGCCUGCUGAAGGCUCGCGAUGUAUUCCUUAUUGAUUUGCUCUCUACUCUGGGUUCUCCCCAAGGUUUUUUUUUUGUUUAUGGCUUGUUAUGAUUCAUUUCUGCGAAAUGUUAAAAAAAAUAUGAAGGUUUGUGCAGCGGUAUUUCUCAUUUUGUGUUUUAGUUGAACUAAAAUCCUUAGUCUCCAAGGUGAUAUAAGCUGAUGAAAGAUGUUGAAGAACUGUAAUAAAAUAUUCAUUGCAGGGGUUUGUUGUAUAAAAAAUUUUCUAUCUUCUCUUUUCCUUUAACUGGUGAUCCUUCUUUCAACAAACCAAAUUGUUCAAGUGUGAUUUUGCUGGAUCUGGUGAAUGAAGCGAUUAAAUCCGAAGUAAGUUUCUAAAC